AUGGCCAGUGCGGAGCCCCGGCUGGAGCAGCCCCCGCUGCAGGCGCUGCGAGAUGCCGCGAACCGCCUGCGGGUCACGAGCGCUGCGGGCUCGGGCCACCGCACGUCCUGUUGCAGCGCUGCUGAGAUCACGGCGGUGCUGUUCUUCCAGGCCAUGCGCUACCGGGCCUGCCAGCCGGCGCACCCCAGCAAUGACCGCUUUGUCCUCUCCAAGGUGGGCUACCGGGUGUUCUGCCUGCUGGGUGACGGGGAGGUGUCCGAGGGCUCCGUCUGGGAGGCUCUGGCCUUCGGCUCCCACUACCGGCUCGACAAUCUGGUGGCCAUCGUGGACGUCAACCGGCUGGGUCAGAGCGACGUGUACCGCCGCUGCGAGGCCUUCGGGUGGAACACCUAUGUGGUGGAUGGCCACGCUGUGGAGGAGCUGGACGAGGCCCUGAGGCAGGCGGCCCCACGAGAAGGGGAAGCCCACGGCCAUCCUGGCCAAGACCUACAAGGGACGAGGCGUGUGGAAGAUGCGGAGAACUGGCACGGCAAGCCCAUGCCCAAGGACAAGGUGGAGUACAUCAUCAGUGCCAUCCGGAGCCGGAUCCAGACCCAUGAGGUGCUGGUGCCACAGCCGCCCAUUGAGGACAUCCCACAGAUCAGCAUCGCAGGCAUCUGCAUGCCCUCGCCCCCCGAAUACACCACUGGGGACAAGGUGGCCACGCGGAAGGCCUGCGGCGUGGCCCUGGCAAAGCUGGGUGCUGCUAGCGAGCGUGUGGUGGCCUUGGAUGAGGACACCAAGAACUCCACCUUCUCCGAGCUGUUCAAGCAGGCACACCCCGAGCGCUACAUCGAGUGCUACAUCGCCGAGCAGAACAUGGUCAGCGUGGCUCUGGGCUGCGCCGCUAGGGACCGGGCCGUGGUCUUUGCCAGCACCUUUGCUGCUUUCUUCACGCGAGCCUUCGACCACAUCCGCAUGGGCGCCAUCUCCCAGAGCAACCUCAACCUGUGCGGCUCCCACUGUGGGGGGAGGACGGCCCCGGAGGACAUUGCGAUGUUCCGAGUCAUUCCCGGCUGCACCGUCUUCUACCCCAGCGACGCCGUCUCCACGGAACGUGCCGUCUGCCUGGCUGCCAACACCAAGGGCAUCUGCUUCAUCCGGACCAGCCGCCCAGAGACCCCGGUCACCUACCCGCCAGAGAAGACCUUUGAGAUCGGCCAGGCCAAGUUAAGGGGCUGGGAAGGGGGGCGGGUUGUGCGCAAGAGCGACGCUGACAGGGUCACAGUGAUUGGAGCCGGGGUCACGCUGCAUGAGGCUCUGGCUGCUGCUGACGAGCUCGCCAAGCAAGGCACCCACAUUCGGGUCAUUGACCCCUUCACCAUCAAGCCCUUCGAUGCAACCACCAUAGUCACCAGUGCCCAGGCUACUGGAGGGCGCAUCAUCACCGUGGAGGAUCAUUACAGAGAGCCGGGAGAAGAGCUGCUGAAACCACAGGAGGAUGUUGGCCCAAGAACAAAGGGGCGUGGAUUGGCCAAGAAUCGAGUGAUGCUGGAAAUAAGUUUUCCAGCCAUCGUGGGAGGGUCUGGAACAGAAUCCCAGGAGGUGGGAUUGGGGGAGCCUGGCAUGGUACUCCAAGGCUUGGCUGUGUGUGGAGUGCCCCAGAGUGGCAAAGCGGCCGAACUCCUGGACCUCUUUGGGAUCAGCACCAAGAGCAUCGUAGCAGCUGUGAAGAACAGCUUUGCCAACUAA